GGCCGCCCCGCACGCAUGCUCGCUGCGGGCCCCGACAUGGCGGCGCCCAGCGCGGCGCUGCGGCAGCGGCGGGCGGCAGCGGGCGGCGGCGCCCCUGGAGCCCCGGAGUGGGUUGUGGCGGGGCCGGCGGGCAGCGGGGUCGGGCCGCAGCCUCCGCCGCUGCUGCCGGGCACUUUCUGGCUGACCCGCAUCGUGCUGCUGCGAUCCAUAGCGCUGCUUUACUUUGUGGCCUUUCUUGUGGCGUAUCAUCAAAACAAGCAGCUAAUAGGAGAGAAGGGGCUUCUCCCGUGUAAACUGUACCUGCAGAAUGUCAAGAAGUAUUUCAAAGGGAAGAUAAACCUGGAUGCUCUGAGCUACGCACCAACAAUCAUCUGGUUUCUGGACUGGUCAGACAUGGACAGCAUCUUGGACUGCACCUCUCUGCUCGGCCUGGCAACGUCAGCCUUCGUGGUGAUCACUGGAUGUGCAAACAUGGUCCUCAUGGCUGUCCUGUGGGUUCUCUACCUCUCCUUGGUCAACGUUGGACAGAUCUGGUAUUCCUUUGGCUGGGAGUCGCAGCUCCUGGAGACGGGGUUCCUGGGGAUGUUCCUGUGCCCGCUCUGGACCCUGUCCCGCCUGCCCCCGCACACUCCUCCUCCCACCAUCGUCAUCUGGGCCUUCCGCUGGCUCAUUUUCCGCAUCAUGCUUGGAGCGGGUCUGAUCAAAAUUCGAGGAGAUCGCUGCUGGAGAGAGUUAACGUGCAUGGAUUAUCACUAUGAGACGCAGCCGGUGCCCAACCCCAUCGCCUACUUCAUGCAUCGCUCGCCGUGGUGGUUCCACCGGUUUGAGACCCUGGUCAAUCACUUCAUCGAGCUGCUGGUGCCGUUCUUCCUCCUCCUGGGACGGCGAAUGAGCAUCGUCCACGGCCUCCUGCAGAUCCUCUUCCAGGUGCUUCUGAUCAUAAGUGGCAACUUGAGUUUCCUGAACUGGCUGACCAUGGUGCCCAGCAUCGCCUGCUUCGACGACGCCAGCCUGGGGUUCCUCUUCAGCUCGCGGCGAGGGGCGGUGAAGGAGCGGGUGGUGCAGAUGCAGCUGCAGGAGGCAGCCGGGGAGCAGCUGCCCCCGCGGUACGGCUGCUACGUCCGCAAAGUGGUGAACAUCUCCUUGGGCCUCCUGAUUGCCUAUCUCAGCAUCCCUGUUGUCAUAAACCUGCUCAGUUCCAGACAAGUCAUGAACACGUCAUUCAACCCUCUCAGAAUAGUGAACACCUACGGAGCUUUCGGGAGCAUUACCAAGGAGAGGACAGAAGUCGUCCUUCAGGGGACAUCCAGCCUGGAUCCCAAUGACCCUGCUGCUGUCUGGGAGGAGUAUGACUUCAAAUGCAAACCUGGGGAUCUGAAGAGGAGGCCGUGCUUCAUCACCCCCUACCACUACCGCCUGGACUGGCUGAUGUGGUUCGCUGCCUUCCAGACCUAUGAGCAGAACGAAUGGAUCAUCCACUUGGCUGGGAAGCUGCUGGCACAGGAAGAGGAGACCUUGUCCCUGAUGGCCACCAACCCGUUCGCGGGCAGAGAACCCCCACGGUGGAUCCGAGGGGAACACUUCAAGUACAAGUUCAGCCAACCUGGGGGAAAGCACGCCAGUGAGGGGAGGUGGUGGAUUCGGAAGAGGAUCGGGCCUUACUUCCCUCCCGUCAACCUCCAGGGCCUGAAGAAGUUUUUUGAAGACAGGAGUUGGCCGUACCCUGCGCGGGACUGAUGGAGGGGAUGAGCGAGGUCAAGAGGGACCAGCUGGGAAAGAAGGGGAGCUGUCACCCCCCUUACAAAUGACAUGUCCUGCCUCUUUCUGUAUUUUUUAUCUGUAUCUUUGUUUUUUCACACAUUUUUUUCCCAUAUCACAUAUUAUACAGAAGGUUCCUAGUCAACCUA